AUGUCCGAGAACUACAGCUACAAUCGGUUGCCAACAGUGCUCGAAAGUCACGAUUUAGACAUUACGGAAGCAAAUAAUGAAGAAACACACGACCCACAAGCAGUCUUUCGCCCACUAGAAUCACAGGUCAAUCUGAGUUUAUCCGACUUCGAAAAACAUGACGUUACUGAUCAUGCGAGUCUCAAAAGUUUCGACACCCACGAGUCUACAUCGAGCGGAAGUAGCAUAAGUAAACUGAAAAACUUUGGAGCCCGCCUUCGUCGUAAACCAUUGCCAAGGUACCUUCGCGGCUCGAUAAAGAGGCAUGCUGCCGCCGAGAUAGAGCCUGCUCGUAUCGGUCGUGGGGUAUGGAGAGAUCAGUUACUAAGUGAUCGAUCGCUUCGUGGCAUGGCGGCUUUGAUGAGCGCUUUUGCUAUUGCUAUGAUCAUAUUGGUCGCCGUAUUUGCAAAAAACUUUGCUCAGAGAAGCAAUCGCAAUACUUCCUCUGUUGGCGGAGAGCCACAAUCCUGCAAGACGGUCACACGCACGAAUACGGUUCUUCUCCUGCUUAUCAACGUGUGCGCUACCAUGGUCCUUGGCAUGAGCAAUACCUACCAACAGUUGGUAACGAGCCUAAAAGUCAGUGACUUAAAGCAUGCGCUUUCGAAAUUUGGUGACUCAAGAGUCGGAACAAACUCACCAUUCAGCAUCAAUCACAAGAAAGUGGGCAAGAAAAGAGCAUGGGCGUCUUGGUUCCUCCUUAUCAUUACUUCUAUGCCGAUUCACUUCCUUGCAAACUCGUUGAUCGGACCAUCGUAUACGCAGGAACUGCCCCAGCAAAUAGACUUUGUGCCGGAUACAUCCUUCGUGGUCGACAACCGCACCUACAGUAGCUUCGCAAAUUCUUAUCGAGGAGAUGAUCCGCAAGUGAGCAGUCCGCUGUCCUUCCCUUGCUGGUCUGCAUUUCGAACCGGUGUCGCGCACUAUGCAAAAGCCACCGAUGUUCUUAGCCACGGCAGUGGCGAGUUCACUUCAGCGCAAAAGAAGUUCGACGCUACGUGGAAUCGCAUGGAAGUCCAUUAUAUGGAUAGCCCUUGCGUAAGAUUCAAGAACGACACGGCGAACAACGAUACUCAGCUCGAUACUUUAGAGAGUUCAUACAUUGAGAAGUCCGUAAACUUUUCACCCCGAAACUUGGUGUACGAAGCUGCCAAUUGUACUAUGGCUUCUGAAGUCUACUGUACACUGCACGAUCGAGGAGAAGCGAAGUGUCGCCUUAAUGUUCGCAUGAGUGCUGCCUUUACACUCAUGGCUUGUCUGGUGAUCAAAGCGACUUACAGUAAGUCAAAUGUCUUUCUGCCUGAAUGA